CGCGUUACUCCACUUCGUCAUCUACGCGUUUCAUUUUCUCUUUUGAUGGAAAGACAGCAAACACUCGGACAAUUCUUCGAAAUGCCUAAACCGGAUCCUCCACAACAAUCGACUCUCAAAGAGAUGUGGGUAAAGAAACACAAGGAAUCGAAGGUGCCCAAGGAAGUAGAGGAAACACGUAGGGCGGCAGAUGAGCACGAGAAUACGCGAGAGAUGUCUGAGAGUUCUAAACGUAGACAUCCAGAGGUCCCUGAAACAAGUAACGCCCCCAAACAAAAGAAACGAAAGGUGGUAUACUCCGAUGACGAAGAUACAUCCCCAGCCACCACCACCGAGUCUUCCAAAACCAAGCCAUCCUCUCAGACAUCUAAACUCAAGUCUCCAAGAGGGAAAAACGCAGUAUCAUCUGCCGAACACGAUGAAAAAGAUGAUGGUGCAACGGAUGCAGUAUCUACUGGCAGUGGUGAUGGGGAAAAGGGCCAUGAUGAAGAUGAACUUGUUGAGGAUGAAGAUGAAGAAAUGGUCGCCUCGGGCGGUGCGGCAGCAUCCAAGACUGCUCUCGCAGCUCUCUCUAAAAUAAAUGAAGUCGACGUCAAGGGCGGAUGGAAAGUUUCAGAACCAGUUCCCUAUGCCGCUCUCGCGAAAACUUUUUCAAUAAUAGAAGCCACAACGAAACGACUGGAGAAGAAUGCAUUGCUCACAUCAUUAUUAUUGCUUGUGAUUCAACGAAGCACCAAGAAGGAUCAUACCUCUCUCCUUCAGACCGUUUAUCUAUGUAUCAAUCGUCUGAGCCCGGAUUACAUCGGAAUCGAGCUUGGUAUAGGGGAAAGUCUUCUCAUCAAAGCCAUUGCCGAAUCCACAGGAAGGAGUCUGGCUGUUGUCAAAGCGGAUCUGAAGAAAGAAGGGGAUCUUGGGCUCGUCGCAUUGAACUCGAAAAAUAGCCAGAAGACGUUAUACAAGCCAAAACCUCUAACGAUUCCAUUCGUGUUUUCGAAAUUGAAAGAGAUCGCACUUAGUACCGGUCAUUCUUCACAGGCGAAGAAGGUCGGAAUAAUCACAAAACUGUUAGCUGCUUGCCAGAAUUUCGAAGCCAAGUAUAUCGUCCGUAGCUUGGAGGGCAAACUCAGGAUAGGCAAUGCGGAGAGAUCUGUUCUCGUCGCACUUGCACACGCUGCAGUCCUCGCAGAGAAAGAGAGCUCGGGUAAGAAAUGGAGCAACGAAAAGCUCGCCGUGCGGUUGGAAGAAGGCGCUGAUAUCUUGAAGUCAAUCUAUAGUGAAUUGCCCAGUUACGAUGAGGUUAUCCCAGCACUCUUAGAACAUGGAAUAGAUGGCCUACGCGAGCAUUGCAAGCUGAGACCGGGAGUCCCGUUGAAACCGAUGUUGGCUAAACCUACGAAAGCAAUUGGUGAAGUGCUCGAUAGAUUCGAGAACAAGCGGUUUACUUGUGAAUACAAAUACGACGGAGAACGUGCGCAGAUUCACAAACUCGAAGAUGGCACGUUACGUGUUUUUAGCAGGAAUUCUGAAGACAUGAGCAAGAAAUAUCCUGACCUCGUGGAGCAAAUUCCUCAUUGCAUCAAGGAUUCCACGAAGUCAUUUGUUCUGGACUCAGAAGCCGUUGCAAUAGAUCGCACAACAGGCAGACUACUGCCAUUCCAAGAAUUGAGUAGAAGAAAGCGUAAAGACGUCAAGGUUGAGGAUAUUCAAGUCCGGGUCUGUCUCUUUACUUUCGACCUUUUGUAUUUGAAUGGUGAAUCGCUCUUGCACAAUUCACUGAACGAGAGAAGAAAACUAUUACGUGAGCACUUCCAACCGGUUGAUCGCGAAUUCCAAUUCGCAAAAUCGUCCGAAAGCGAAGCAACGGAGGAUAUACAAGCGUUUCUCGAAGAGAGUGUCAGGGACGGAUGUGAAGGUCUAAUGGUCAAAAUGCUUGAUACUGAUGCCAGCUAUUAUGAACCUAGUAGACGUAGUGUCAACUGGCUGAAGCUCAAAAAAGAUUACCUGGCGGGCGUGGGUGACUCGCUAGAUCUUGUUGUUAUCGGAGCGUUCUACGGAAAGGGCAAACGAACGAAUGUGUACGGCGCUUUCCUGUUGGCAUGUUAUGACGGCGAUUCGGAAGAGUUUCAAUCGAUCUGCAAGGUCGCGACAGGUCUUAGUGAUGAAGCCUUGCAAACGCACUACGAGAUGCUCAAGCCGUUAGAAAUUCAAAAUCCUAGAGGCGAUGUCAAGAUUGGAGGUGCCAAAGCGGAUGUCUGGCUUGAGCCUCAGGUUGUCUGGGAGGUCUUGACGGCAGACCUGAGUUUGAGCCCAAUUUACACGGCAGCGCAGGGAUUGGUGGGAGACCGAGGAAUAUCUCUCCGGUUUCCUCGCUUCAUCCGGGUGCGAGAUGACAAAAACGCAGAGGAUGCUACUGGCCCCGAACAGAUAGCGGAAAUGUAUGAACGGCAGGCGCUCGCACAGAGUACUGGGAGAAAGAAGAAGGGAGAUGUCAACGAUGACUUUUGGUGA